AUGGGGGCACUGCCGGGGCUCCUGGUGCUGCUGCUGCUGCUGGGGCUGGCGGGGUGCCCCGGUGCGCGAGGGGCCCGCCCCGCCGAUCCCCUCGCCGCGUGGGUGACUGUGCCGCGGCAGCUGAGCCCGCGGGCCGGCAGCGACCCCCCGGCCGUGACCUACUGGCUGAAGGUGGCGGGGCGGCCGCGGGUGCUGCGCCUGCAGCCCCGGCGGGGCCUGGUCUCCCGGCCCUUCACAUUGGUCACCUAUGGCAAGGACGGGACCCGCCGGGAGGAGCACCCCUUCGUGCGGGACAACUGCUUCUACCAGGGCGAGGUGCUGGGCAGCCCUGGCUCCCUGGUGGCCCUCAGUGCCUGUGAUAGGGGCCUCCACGGAGUGCUCUGGGUGGAGGAUGAUACCUUCCAGAUUGAGCCCAUCCCCAACGAUCCAGCCUUUCGGCACAUCCUCUACCGCAUGGAGGAGGCCAACAACCACAUGGGCCCCACCUGCGGACUGACCCCUGAGAUGCUGCAGCACCAAAAGGCUGUGCUGCCCUGGUUCAAGGCUCCAAAGGCAGAGGAGGAGAACGAGGAACUGAAGGACUGGUGGACACACAUCAGAUAUGUCAAGAUAGUAGUGGUCGUGGACAAUGUGCGGUUUGUGAAGUCGGGCAGGAAUAAAUCCGAAGUCUUGAGGCAAGUCAUGGAAGUCAUCAACAUUGGGGACAUUCUGUACAAACAGCUUUCUGUCCGGCUGUUUCUUAUGGGAUUGGAGAUAUGGACCGAAAGCAACUUAAUAAAUAUUACUAGAUCUCUCGGCACGGUACUCAGUGACUUUAACAAUUGGCGAAAGUCAAACCUGUCCCGACGGAUGCGCCAUGAUGUUGCUCACUUAUUUGCAUUCCAGAGCUUUGGAAGCACCCUGGGAUUGGCAUAUAUAGGGACAGUGUGUGAUAACCACUGGUCAUCAGCUGUUGCUUCCUUCACUGAAAAAAAGUUGUCUGCAUUUUUUAUCACAUUUGUCCAUGAGCUGGGCCAUAAUCUUGGGAUGAGCCAUGAUAAACCAGACUGUAAAUGCAAACGAGAGAAAUGCAUUAUGUACGAAAGCAACGCUGACACUGAUGCAUUCAGUGACUGCAGUUACAAAUACUACUUUGACCUGCUUGUAAAAGGUGCUGACUGCCUUCGUCAACCACCACCACCAGGCGCUUUCUACACCUCGAAGCGUGAAUACUGUGGGAAUAAGAUAUUAGAAAGCGGAGAGCAAUGUGACUGUGGUUCAGAAUCAGUCUGCAGAAAGGAUCCUUGUUGCCACCCGAACUGUACGCUUACUGUAGGUUCAGUCUGUGCGUCUGGAAAAUGCUGCAAGAACUGUAAGGUCCUUCCAGCAGGAACGCUCUGCAGAGAAAGUACUGGCAGCUGUGACCUGCCAGAGUAUUGCAAUGGGAUUUCCCCUCAGUGCCCACUGGAUGUCUACCUACAAGAUGGAACCCCUUGCAAAGAUGGUGCUUACUGCUAUCAAGGAAAAUGUUCUUCCCACAGUAAACAGUGCCAGGAUCUCUUUGGCAAACAAGCCAGGGCUGCUUCUUUAGAUUGCUUCAAAGCAGUGAAUACUCAAGGUGACCGGUUUGGGAAUUGUGGUAUUUAUAACAAUAUCCAUUUUACAAAAUGCAGUAUUGAGAAUAUCUUAUGCGGUAGGAUUCAGUGUGAAAACAUAGUCAAACUACCUCCCUUGCAGAACCAUGUAACGCUAGUCCAAACUCCUGUUGGAGAUAAAAAUUGUUGGGGUCUUGACUAUCACGUAGGGAUGCCAGGAGCUGACAUGGGAGCUGUGGAAGAUGGCACACCAUGUGGUAGCGAUAUGCUUUGUAUCAACAGGACAUGUAUGAGUGUAUCAGUGCUGAACUACGACUGUAACGUGACAAAGUGUCAUGACAGAGGAGUGUGUAACAAUCAUAAGAACUGUCACUGCGAGUAUGGCUGGGCUCCUCCAUACUGUGAAUUGGAAGGAUUUGGAGGUAGCAUUGACAGUGGACCCCCUCCAGCCAGGAAGAUUUCUCAGAGAGCAAAAGUAAGACUAAUACUACUUACUUUUUUUUGUCUCUGUUUCCUUGGAGUAAACCUUACCAUGCGUUAUAGACAGGAAAUAGUAGGAUGGCUUAGGAGGAUAAAGGCCCAAUUCCACAGAAUACUGCAGUUAUUUCAAAGACUGAAAAAAACAGAAGUACCUAAAGAAGACUCACCUGAUGGUGAGUCAAAAUCUACUGAAGACCAACAAGCAAGAAGACCAAUGCUUCUGGGGAAAUCUCUCUUUAGCAAAGCCAUCUGAUAAUAUCAUCAAAAUAAUUCAACACAUUCCGAAUAGCUCUAAUCUCAUAUGAUAUCAUUAAAUGCAGAGUAAAAGUUAUUUUUGUUUAAUUUAAAUUAAUAAAUGUAGGCAUUAAGGCCUGCUGUUCUUUGUACGCUGA